AUGAGGAGCAGCGUCAAACGGUUCUAUGUUGAGAUCGAUGGCGGAAGUGGGCGGGCUUAUUACGUCGAGUGGCUGGACGCUUGGGUGGUGGUGGUGCAGAUACCGCACCCUGUGGAACGGCCGGAUGCGGAAGUAGAUCAUGACGCAGAUGACGAGGAUGAUGAGGGCGACGACGGCGAUGAUGUAAGGGGCGGGGGAGGGAGAUGA